UCUUACAUAAUUUUCAAAUAAGAAUAUCAUCAACAAAAUAUGUAGCACUUCUAUUUUAAUUUAAAAUUUGGUGCUGAAGUCCGUUGCUCUUAACGCAAAAGCGACACUCGACAUUCUUUUAACAAAGCCUUAUUUUUAAUCUGGUUCAGUUGUUUACAAUUUAAUGAAAAACAAUAUAACGAUUACAUGAGCAAAAGAAAAAAGCCGCAAUUAAAGCACUUUAUUUUUCGCUUUCAAACUAUUUUCAAACGAAAUGAUGUCACAAUAAUUAUACCAAAUGGAAAGUACAUACUAUUUGGAAAACCUAAAUCAUUCCCCGUUCACUAGCCUGAAAGCACACGCUCUUAAAAAUUAAGGCAAAUAAAAACUAUUAUUAUUAAGACUUUGGAAUGGAUUCGAGUGUUUAAUUAAAGUUUCUUCAAAAUUUUGUUUUUAUCUGUUUGCGUUGUGUAAUUUCACGUUGUGUGUUAAUUCGAAGCCUUUAUUAACGGCAAACAGAGAAGCUUCAUGUUUCAAAGUACGAUUAAUAAGUUCUUUCGGAAAUUAAUAAAAAAUGAGUCAAUUUCUUGUGCUUUUUAGUCUGCGGAAGCACAGCCUAUUUUUGUGCGUUUAAUUGACUUUUUUGUGAUAAAUAUUUCCUAGAAAUUUUAGAAAAUAUCUCCCCAUAAAUAUUGGCACUUUCCUUAGUCUCUUACAAGCGUUACGGUUUUGAUAAAGUAGCCUGCAAGAAAUUGAUUUUUUACGAUAAUUUUUUUAGUAGGUAAUAAACGCAGAAGAAUUCCUUCUUUAGUGCAAGCCUCGACAUCACAACGAGCGAAAUAGCGAAAACAGUAGAACAAUUAUAGAUCUUAAGAUAAAGAUCUGGUAGCGAUACAGCCGUAGAGACGAACAGACGGACGGACACCACAUAGCACCUUUUUUUAUUUUUGUGGAAAUGCGCUAAAAAGCGGUGUUGCAUAUAAUUUUAUACAGAAAAGGAUCUUGAGAAAGUAGAAUAAUAGACCCGACUUGAAUUUGACUUCACCCUAAUAAUUGCAAAAUAGAGGAGAUUCUACAAAAGCCAUUGUUAUUGCGAUAUGCAGAUUCACUCCCUUGCAUUAACACAAUACUUUUAAAUUAGACAUCAAAAUUUAUUUCUUUUUACCCUGAGAAAUUUAUUUUAGUAUGCGUAUCACGUAAUGGAACUUUUUUCUCUUUCUAUGUGGUCGAUUAGUGAGGUGUCAAAACAAAAUGCUGAUCUACAUCUGUCUAACGUCCAUCUUUCUCGCCAUUUACUUCUAUGUUAAUUACCAUCGCUUAAAACAUUGGAAAAGAAAAGGGGUUGCGACACUAGAACCACAGUUCUUUUUUGGUAAUGCAAAAUCCGUAAUACUCCAGAGAGAGCACGUUGGUACAGCACUGAAAAAUGUUUACAAGCAUUGUCGACAAAGGCAGCUACCAUUUUUCGGUUACUACAUGUUCACAACCCCUAUUCUCAUUGUGUGUGAUUUGGAUUUGGUACGGAAAAUAAUGGUGACCGACUUCGAUCACUUUAAGGAUCGAAUAUUUUAUCGAAAUGACAAGGAGCCACUGUCGCUGCACUUGGUAUCAAUUGACGGUGCGAGAUGGAAAGAGAACCGUACAAAAUUCGCUCCCCUUUUUGGAUCUCUUAAUGUCAAACUGCUAUACGAUAGGGUGUCGAAAUGCGUGGACAAAUACAUCGCGCAGCUACACGAAGUGGCUCAACCAAUAGAACUAGAAGGAUUCGUUAGUAAAAUAACACUCGAUGUAAUUGCUUGCUGCUUAUUUGAAAAUAGUAGCGAGUUUAUGGAGAAGAAUCGAGAGGAAAUUGUGCAGUACGCUGAAAAAUUUUGGAAGCUUUCUCCUUCAGAGUCAUUUGUGCGACUAAUGGUAAUUGUGUUUCCGGAUGUGAUAUUGGGGACAAAAAUCAAGACAAUGUCUGAUAAAAAGAAGAAUUUGUUUUUAAGUAAAGUUGCUGCAAUUCUGCAAGAGGGGGGCCAUGACGGUUACAAUUUUGUUCGUAUUUUACAAGCGGAAAGUCAUGACUUGCCUCUAGAAAACAUAGCGGCUAAUUGGUGGAUUUUCUUCGUCGUUGGUUACAGAACAGUCUCGUCUCUGAUUUCAUUUUGCCUUUAUGAGUUAGCAAUGAAUCAAAGUUACCAAAUGAGGGUGGUGGAGGAAUGCAAGGAAAUCAAUUCCAAUGCUAUUGGUCAAAUGAGGUUUUUAGAUCAGUGCCUUAAAGAAACAUUGCGGAAAUAUCCAGCUUCCACAAUACUACGAAGAGAAUGUACUAAGGAAUACAGAGUUCCCGGAACAUCGCUAACAAUAAACAAGGGGGAUUACGUGUAUAUUUCAACUUUAGGAAUCCACAACGAUCCGAUUCUAUACCCUGAUCCUGAAAAAUUUCUACCGGAAAGAUUUGCUGAAGGACGCUCACGGCAUCCAUGCGCCUAUAUUCCGUUCGGAGCUGGCCCUCGUUCCUGCCUGGGUCAACGUUUCGCAAUCAUGGAAGCAAAAAUUGUGGUGGCAAAGAUUUUGAAACAUUUUCGCAUAAGUGUGAACGAUCGUACCGAUUCCGAACCCUUGCCGAUGGAUCCCAAAGCGUUCGUGUUGCAAUCUGCAAACGGCAUUUGGAUUAAUUUUCAAAUUAAAUGAAGUAUGAAGUAGGUACUACAAAAACAACAAACAAAACAAAAAAUAACAAUAUGUUCUAAAAAAAAUAAUAAACUAAAACAAGUAAAUAAGAUUAGAUGAAUCACAGAUAGGUACCUCAUUAAACAAUUACUGUUGUGUUGAGGUUACCAUCACUUAAAAAAACCAAGUUAAUAUUAAUUCCAAAUGCACUACAUAAAUUAAACAGAGAAAAAAGAACUUAAAAAUUGCAGUAAUAAUGAUAUCCGUGGCGAGAGAUUUAUAGACUACUGUAACGGUGUAAUGAAAGUUAAACUUUAGAUAAGAAAAUGAUACGCCUAUUAACCUAUCUUCUUGUUAUCACAGUAAAAAUCAAGCAAGAUGGAGACAAAGGCAAAGAGUUAUACCUACAAAGAAUACACUAUUUAAAGAUAACGAAAAAGAAAGAGAAAAAUAAACAAAUAAAUAAAUGGUGUACCUAUUGUAAAAAAAGAAUUUCUACGUCGUAAACUGUUAGCACAGAUAAAAUACCCAUCUGUGCUGUUAGUAACCACGAUUUUAAAUUAUUUGUAAAUUUCGUACAUAUUCUUAUACUAGAUAUAUGUGGCUUGGUAAUUUAUUAAAUAAAUAUGGUGCACAGUAUGUAUAAAAAUGCUUAUAGGCCUCGAUGUUUGGCUUAGGAGUCCACACAAGGUUCUUAGAUUUUAAUCUGUUUGAGUGAACGUUAUAAUCACCCUCUAUGUGACCACUCCUAAGGUAGAACAUUCUUAAAACACGAAACACAUACAUGUAUCUUAAUGGCAGUAUUUUUAAUGAAACAAAUAAGAGAAAUGACGAAUGUAACAUUGACACACCACACCAGAAAUUCGAAUUAUUUUUUUCUGAGCAACAAGAAAUGGUUUUAUGGACGACAAAUAUGUACCGCCCCAUACGCAUAUACCGUACUGCAGCAUGCAGCUUAGAGUUUAUCAGUGAGUAAUAAACGUUCCUCAAGAUAGGUUGCGGACAGAUAAAUUUUAACAAAUAGAAUUUUCUCAUUGCCAUAUACAUAUAACGCUUUAACGCAUUGAUGUGAGGUUUCCAAUUACAACAGUUAUCCAGGGUAAUACCAAGAUAUUUUAUAGUUUCAACUCCUUUCGCAGUAUGGCUGCUCAUGAUAUAAACAAUUCUGACAUUUAAAAUAAAUAUUAAUACUUUUUGAGUGACGUCUUAGAGAAAACUGUAGAAACUUGGUUUUGGUGCUUAAAACCAUUUUGUUGUAAUUGAACCACAACCUUAACUUAUCUAAAUCGGCCUGCAUCGAAUGUUGCAAUUGUUCCGGGGCUUGUGCCGAGUAACACAGAGCAGUAUCAUCUGCAAAGCAAGUUAAACUUCCGCGGAGGUUAGCUGCACACAGGUCAUUGAUGUAAAUAAGGAAUAAAAUUGGACCAAGAACUGAUCCUUGAGGAACACCAGAAACAUUCCGCAAUGAUUUACUUACUGCUCCCCUAUAGCGUACAAAUUGUGUCCGAUUUUGUAGAUACCUACAGUCCAUAAUUUAUGUAACAAAAUAUUUUGAUCCACAGAAUCAAACGCUUUAGAAAUCCCACUAACAUAUUGUCGCUUAUUAAGUCCAUCAAAAAGCAUUGAACAAAAAUUUAAUAACGCAUCUUCAGGUGAUUUUCCCUCUCGAAAACCAUAUUGAUUUCCGACUAGUACCUUAUUAAGUUUUAAAAAGUUUAGCAAACGUUUUUUCAUGAGUUUUUCAAAAAUUUUAGCAAAUACAGAAAGUAAUGAAAUUGGCCUAUAAUUAUUCAUGUUUGUAACAUCGCCCUUUUUGUGCAGUGGGAUCACUAGUGCUUUUUUGAGUGGAUCCGGAAAUUUACAGUUUCUACACUAGAAUUAAAAAAAUCAGAAAUGAUUGGCGAAAUGAUAUCGCUGACAUUUUUCACAGUAUUCACCGAUAUACCAUCAAUUUCCGGACUUUUAUUACAUUUUAGGACUUUUAUGACACUUUCUACCUCCUGUCUACAAGUGGGGCUACAGAAGAAAGAUUUCUCAACCGAUGUAGUUGGAAAUAAAUGGUAGCACUCGGCACUGUUUGUAAAUGACAAGUUGGAGGAUUCGCGGAUUUUUUCAACUACAGAAACAAAAAAACCAUUGAAAGCUUCUGAAGCAUCUUCAGGUUCUGUGACUACAAGGCCAUCAGUAGAUACAAUGUAUUCCGUUUCGCAUUUUACUUUAUUAUCCCCCAAAACAUCGUUUAGAACGACCCACUGCUUCCUUACAUCAUUUUUAUAUUUUUCAAAUCAGUUUAUGUUUAUUGCAAACAAACAUUCCCAACAAAUACGUAUGCAAAGCAAGACCGAUAGCCACAGUUUCUCUGCUGAAUCGAGUAUAUCAUGAAUAAAAUUGUAUGGUCCCUAAAUAAGACAUAUAUUACCCGAAACAGUAGUAAAAAAAUCAAGUUCCAAAGAAGAAGUUGGCCAAUGAAUAAAAAGUAUAGCAGUUUCAACAUUUUUGUUGACUCUGGCAUGAUCCCUCUUUCAAAACCUAUGUGAGAAAAGCUGCGACAUAAAAUCAAUUUGUAAAAUUGUUUAAAAAACCAAUGAUUCAUGUGCAGCUGUGAUUACUUAUAAUGUGUUUAUUUAAAUGCAAAAUUACCAUAUAAUAAUACCUUUAUACACUACAUUG